GAUGUCCAAACAUGGCCGCCAAAAAACAGGGAUUCCCUCGUAGUACGUUUUCAUUGUUUUUAAACUCAACAAUAACCGAACAAUGAAGAAUUUUUUGAUCGGAUUGGAAAUAUUUUCAAAUACAAGAAGUGUUUAGAUCGAUGAAUCGAAGCUCAUCAUGCGUGAAUAUUUCUCACAAGAGGAAAAACUAUUGAUAAAAGAUGAAAGACCAAGGAACUAUGUUUGACAGUAAACACGGUGUUUUUAUGUAUAAUAAUCGUAAUAGACUAGUCUGAUGUGAUGAAUUUGAUAAAGUUGAUGUAAAAAUGUCAGGUCGACACGUCUGUUUUGUGUGUGGUAGCCUGGGAGCGGAAUCUUCGCUGCGAAUUAAACCACAUGACAGACUACCUUAUUUUCCCUUUCUUGAACACCAUGAUCCACCCAAAGGAGCCCGACUACCGACUAGUAACGGCAAUGUGGACUGUUGCAGAGUGUGUUAUGCUUUUUUGACUCAACAGUGGGAGACCUACGAGCGGUCAAAGACUCCAGCAAUCAAGCGCUUGUACUGGUUGAAGCGUGCAGACGAUGGGCAUUUCACUGGUGCCGAGAUGAGACUGCAGGGGGAGUACAUUGCUCAGAUCAUGGGUCUUAAUUAUCAACCAGGGGUCGAGGGUCGCGGCUCCCCAGACAACAGCACUAGAGAUUACCCUCCUUCACCACCAUAUCGCAAAGAGGAAAGGGCCACCCCCAGCAGUAACCACUCUGCCCCUGGAGAACAAAGCUUUAACUACAAAUCUGAUGCAAAAUCUCAAGUGAAAUCUAAACUACCAAGCCAACCACGGGUGGAGACCCCUGUACAUCAAACUCCUAAGAGGGGACAUAGUGAGGGUGUGCUUGAUCUGACAGUGAGAAAAGAACCAAAGACAAAACAAACUACAGCACCAAGUGAUAAGGAACAGACCAUUAUUUGUUACAUUUGUGCACAGAGCACGUUAGUGAGAAAUUGUAAGUACGUGUCCACAGCUAUGAAUUCAACCAGUGAACCUUUCUUCCCAGUCUUGCAAAAAAUAAGUCCACCAGAGGGAGCCUUCCCCCUGAACCAACAUGGCCAAGCGAUUGUGUGUGGGGACUGCAGACUCCUUCUAUACCAGCAGUGGCAAGCUUAUGAGUUAGCAGGAGUACCAUUUCAGAACCGUGUCUACAAACUCUGUGAUGAUAAAGUUAAGAUCCCUAAGUCCGAACCAGUGAGUCAUCUUGAUAGAGUACCUAAAACUCCAGUUGAAACUGAUGAUUAUGUGUGUUAUUUGUGUGGAAAACUGUAUGGCAGUGAUUUGAUCAGAUUGUUGUACACUGUUCCACCACGCGAUCCUUCCAUGGGGACUCUUUUCUUUCCAUUUGUCCAAGAACUUCAACGUCCAAAAGGGGCACAACCUUUGAAAUCUGACGGGUCUGUUUUAUCAUGCAGAAACUGUUAUGCUGAGCUCUACCAUCAAUGGCAGGUACAAGAAUCCAUGCAAAUUCCUGUGUAUCAACGCAAGUACUCUCUGUCUUGUAACAGGGAUGAUACUGAAAGGAAUCGAGACGUGGAUGCUAGCGAAAACCAGGAGUCAAAGAAGACUGUCGUAAAGACAGAAGCUACUCACCCUCUGAACAUCCACAUUAGCGAAGGGAUGUCUGGUAACAGCAGCCUAAGCUCAGCUGGUCUGUUAGCCAUAGCAGUGUCCGAAGGAAAGCUAGGACAUCUCACAAAUGCAUUGUCACCUCAGAAACUCUCCACAACAAUGAAAAGACCGUUCGAGAUUGUAGGCAGCUCCACUUCAACCAUUUCAACCAUACCCCAUCCUUUAGAGCAAGCUGUUUCAAAACCUAAAAAGAUCUGCUUCUUGUGUGGUGAAAAGUCAAGAAUGAUGAACACCCAUGUGAUCAGUGCCUACCCAGUCACUCAAGAAACAAAGAGCAACAAUACCAUGGUGUUGCCCUUCUUUCCCUUCCUGAGAAGCUCAAGCCCCGCCCCUGGGGCAGACCCAAUGACAGAGGAAGGCUUUGUGAUUGUGUGCAGCAUCUGUUUCCACAUGCUUUUAAAGCAAUGGAACCUUUUUGAAGAAUAUCCCAAUGCUGAAACUGUCAACCGCUGGCAUCGCAGAUAUGUUAUGCCGGAUUUUGUCUGCUACAUUUGUGCUAAAAGAACUGAUCGCAAACAAGUCAAAAUGCUGGAGGCAGCCAAGUUUCCUUUCCUGAAGGACAUUAAAUGUCCCCCAGAUUCCCUGAUACUCAAUGGGGGGCUAUUGGUGAUUGCUUGUAAGCCCUGCGCCUUGGAUUUGAACCAGCAGUUCAGUGAAUAUGAGAGGCUUAAGGUGCCAAUUGGCCUUAGGAAAUACAACUGGGUCCAGAGAACCACUGGACUUGAGCUUGCUGAUCAAAGUGCUUACAUGGAGAGAGAGGAGAAGGAAUCUCAUUCUGAAGCUGUAGAGAGCAGAGACAUUGACAUAGAGAGCCUGGAUGAAACAGCAUCAGAGAAUGGACUGCAACCAGGAGCGAAACCACCCUCAAUUUCAACAAUGAUGAGUCCUGCGGCCUCCAAGCUGUCUCGGAACACUGCGACGGUGCCACCGCUGAACCAGGUUUCUCCCAGCAAUGGUGUCACCUCUGUCAGUGCUAGUUCAGCCAUGAGUGCAACGCGCACCGCCAGCUUCGCUGCGGCGCUUCGAAAACUUGCACAUCAGGCAAAAGACCCAGAGGACACAACUCCUGGUCAUACUUCUCAGCCAGGCAGCUCUAGUGUCAGUCCCCGGGCGGUGACCCCCAAACGAGGACCCCCGCCCCUCGUCUACAACAGCCACUCCUCAUCACUGACCUCACCACCGGUGGUUACCAUAGCGCCCACUCAAGCUCAUCCCACAAUUCCCAGCACAGAAACAAAACAGAGUAUUGAGCGCGCGCACUCAGUACAGAGCACUGCUUCCUCGAUGUACGAGGCCAUGAGUUUGAAACAGGAGCGAGAGCGCCCACAGUCCACUCAUUCAAAUCGAGACGAUGAUCGAAACUCACUCAAAGAUCUCUCCAUCUCAAGAAGUCGUAUGACCCCCCACUCUGUUCACAGUUCUUCACCGGCCGCGAUGAGAGAGGACGGCCUUGGCCGAGGGUUCCAGCCUUACAGACCGGGGGAUGACCUUCGACACCAGAUACCCCCCACAGCCUUUGGCCUUGACCCAGCAACAGCAGCUGCCUACUCAGCUGCCUACCCUGCUGCUUUCCUCCCACCUCACCCCUUUCCCCACCCCGCUUUCAGGUUUGAUGACCCCCUGCUGUUGGAGCGGUACAGGAUGUUGCAGCCCCCGUACCUGCCCUUUGCACCCCCGGGGAUGCUACACCCGACGGGGGUCCACCCCUUGCUAGCCUCUGGGAGGUACCCCCCUGAAUUAUUACACCAGCAGUAUCCCUUUGCUUCCUCUGCUUCCCGGUUGCAAGAUCACAUAUCCUCCUCCCUGUCUGAAAGACAAAGACUAGAGGAAGAAAGAUUCAGAGAACUAGAAAGAGAUAAAGAAAGAGAAAAGGAAAUUGAGCGAGAAAGAGAGAAAGACAAAGAACUUCAGCGGGAGAAGGAAAGAAACAGGGAAAGAGAGAAAGACUAUGAAAGAGAUAAAGCUCAUUACUACAGCCAUAUUUCUGAAGGAUCUCGAAAAGAUAGGAGUGGAUCUCAGGGGAGUGGGGAUCUCCAUAGGUUACCAAGAGCUGAGGAACUGGGGAUGUCUCGUUUUGGUUCCAUCACCCAGGGAACUGCUAAAGACCUACAUAACAGAAAGGACAGUCGUUCUGACAAGGGGCUGGAGCCCGAGCGGUCAGGGCGAGACGGUGAGAGGGGCAGUGUUCCCUUGCCCAGUAACUUGGAACACAGCUAUAAAAGAGACGAGAAAUACUCACAGCUGUUCAGCACAGGUCCAAAGAUGUCUGGCGAUGGACAAGAUAUUCGAUAUACUCAGCUGCAUUCCUUGGACCGCAGUGCCUCCACUACCCAUUCAUCCACCGAGCCCAGAAACUCCAAAUCAGAUAGCAAUUUCUUCCGACCAUUUGAUACCAAAAGUUUAACCAAUGGAUACCAUUCAGGAACAACUGAUGUGGAAAAAUUCUCAUCCAGCUUUAAAAGCCAUAGUGACCAAAGAAACAAAAGUGAUUCUCACAAACAUAAGCACAGAGAAGAUGUUCACCAUUCUCAUCACAAACACAACGAUUCCUCCAGCUCAAACGACCAUAAACUCAGACAGGACAAGGCACGUCUUGGGAGACACGAGGACAGUAAAAAGGGCAACCACUCUGUGCAUUCUCACUCUAUUUCAUCGUCGUUGAAUCAUCAACACAGUCAUAAACUCAGCAAAUCAACAAAUCAUUCAUCACAUUCUCAUCGAGAAUCUCAGAAAGCCCUCCGUAGUCGUUUGGACUUGGAAGAGCAGAGGCUGAAGAAGAAGAGGGCUCUGGACCCUUACUACACAGACAGCGAUGAGGAGGAGGAUGCUGAAGAGUUAGAAAAAGGAAGACUACUCUUGAUCACCAGCGGCCCAUCUCUGCCGGUGGAUGAAAACCCUGAGAAAAUGAGUUUUCUGGAAACAAUUGGUCUGACAUCACUUAGAGUCAAAAAAGAGCUUGAUUUUGAGAGGCUGAGGAGUCGGCGUCGAUUGCACCACGAGCGCAGCGUGUCCCCGGUACAGCUGGAGAGUGGGGAAUCCGACCAAGGUGAGAUCAGCAAUCUGUCUACCCCUCCCCGGUCUGUUUCGGAGCAGAUGUGUCAGGACCAAGACUUCCCAGAGAAAUGCUCUUUUCUUAACAGCUUCCACCUGUCUGUUGUGGACAAAAAUAAGAAAAAAGAAUUGGAGCAGAUCAAACAUGUUUGUGAGGAGGAAAGGAAACGAAGGCUGUCAGAAGAUUCUCAGACAGGAUCAAAGAAAAGAAGGAUGAGCUUGACAGAUUCUGCAUAUAAGAAUCGUGUGAAGGGAAAGAAAAUGGAGUCAAAGACAUUAGGCUAUGGUCUAAUGUCAAAAACUCCAAAUAAGGAUGCUUGUCGAGAAUUCGCUGAAGAAUUCCACCAAUCUGUUCUCCUGUCCACACAGCGGAAAGCUUUGCAUCGAGAAAUGAAAAUGGGAAGUUUGGAAUGUCUAUCUGGAGGGAGUGAUGCUGGCGAUGGGGAACAGCCAGUUCCACGCUGGCCAGGACUUAGCUCUGUCAUCCAGUCCUACCAGAAUUAUCUCUCAGAACAAAUUACAGAGAAGAAAGUUUUGCAAGAAAAGUACAAGUUGCUUCAAACCCAGAACAGUCAUUUGCUGAUUACUGCCAAGUCCCUGCAGCAGAGAGAGUCUGAGAUGCUCAAUUCAAAGAAGGAAAUGAACGAGAAAAGAGUGGAAACUCAAAGUGCAAUAGACAAACUGAAAAGGUGCCUGAAGGAUCUACACUAGUGAUCUCUUGCAGCGAGGGACUCGUUACUGAUCUCGUGGAACGUGGUCAGGGAGGAAUUCUGGGACUGCAUCAAAUUGAAAAAUACUGUAGUGAUGAAUAAAAGAAUUGGAUGGCCAAAAUGUGACUUAAGCCAUUGUGUAGGGGAAAAAAGUGCUGGUACUCAAAAUAUGACGGGAUUUCUUUAUGUGGAGAAUUGAUGCGCUGACAAGGAAACGUCAUUGUUUCUGUUAGUGACAGCAGAACUCAGACAUCUCUCUGUACUGCAUACAAUGUUUUUAUUUAUUUGUUUUUUUAUGACAUAUAUUAAUCAGUUUUUGUGAUUAUGUAGCAUUGUACUCAAAGAUUUCUACAUGACCUUCUUGGUCGCAUUUCCUUUUAUAGAAUAUUAUACCGGUAUGCUAUUUUUUGAAAAUGUCUCUAAGUUGUCCUUUUUAUUUUAUAGCUUUUCUAUCUUCUUCAACAGAAGAGUCUGUAUUCUCAUCAUGGCAAAAUUUUGUGUAUUAAUUUCUAUUAUGGAAUAGAUUGCAGUGGCAAGAAUGCAUUUUUACUGCUGAUAUGACCAAUAGUGCUGAUCUUAGUCAUGGUUUGUAAAAUGCUGUAACUUUACAUACAGUGCUGUACAGAAGAAAUUCACUUAAAUUUAUGGGCAUUUCUUUAAAAAAAUAUUUUACCUCACUGACAAUCAGAAGUGAAUAUAAAGAAAGAUUCCAUAAUAUAAAAAUUUAACCUGCGAAAUAUGUUACUAAAAUCUAUUCAACUGAGUGAAAUUUAACCAUGUUUUUGAAUUACUGAGAGUUUAUUGUAGGGGAUACAAUAUAAUAAUGAUCUGUUUUUACUGCUGGGUUUAUUUUAAGAACGCUGAUUACCGAGAUGUACUGAGAAUGAGGCUUUCUAGUAAAAUCUCUGUCAAUCGCGUUAAUUUUUGCUUAACAUUGGGUGUAAUCAUCAGUUAGUUUUUAAUUCUCACUUGUUCAUGCUCAUGCCACCAUAUAUAUAUAUACCAACAAAUGUAUUUACUAUUAAGAGUGAACAAAAAAAUAAAAAUCAAAGAAAAUGUA